GUAGGCCUCCUGUUUUUCUCCCCAACCCGGAGUCCUCCCGGCCCCCACCGCCUCGAUGCAACGUCCAAGUGAGCACAACACGGAGGCUGCCGUCGAUCACACGCGGAGGAGAAGUGUGGCUCACACAUGAAGAUUAGUCAGUGCCUGGAAGGAUAGGAUCGAAAACAGCUAGUUUUGCCCACAGACAUUUCGGAAAGCUUGGUUGAUCACCAUGUUGUUUCCGUGGACUGUUGCCCUUUCGUGACCCCAAUGACCUCAACGGCCGUUUUGACUUUUAGAGUCAGCUUUGACCCCACACCCUUUCUACGACCCCCGAGAAAAGACAUAAACUGACCACGUGCAUAAGCUGCAUUGGGUUGGUCUUCCAAAUGCCUACCUCACGCCUAAAGAGCAAAUCACUGCAGCCACAGCCCUGAUCAGCAGCAGCCAUGACAUCAAGCAUAGGGGAUGAUUGUAGCAUAUUUGAUGGGUUGAUGGAAGAAGAUGAAAAGGACAAAGCAAAACGCGUGUCCCGAAACAAGUCUGAGAAGAAACGGAGAGACCAGUUCAAUGUCCUCAUCAAGGAACUGGGCACGAUGUUGCCGGGCAAUACCAGGAAGAUGGACAAAUCCACCAUCCUGCAGAAAAGCAUUGACUUCCUGUGUAAACACAAAGAGAUUGCAGCCCAGUCGGAGUCGAGUGAGAUCAGGCAGGACUGGAAACCUCCAUUUCUUAGCAAUGAGGAGUUCACCCAGCUCAUGCUGGAGGCUCUGGAUGGGUUCUUUUUAGCAAUAAUGACCGACGGGAACAUCCUCUACGUCUCUGAGAGUGUCACCUCACUACUUGAACACUUACCGACGGACCUGGUGGACCAGAACCUGUUAAACUUCCUGCCACUUGGGGAACACUCAGAGGUGUACAAGGCUCUGUCCACGCACCCCACCGACCACGAGAACCUUACCUCCGACUACCUGAAGACUAAGAACCACAUGGAGUUCUGCUGCCAUAUGCUGCGAGGGACCAUUGACCCCAAAGAACCGCCUGUCUAUGAAUAUGUAAAGGUCAUUGGCAACUUCAAGUCACUCAACAACGUUCCCAACGCGGCGAGGAAUGGUCUAGCAGGGGUGUUACAGCGGUCACUACAACCGGCGUUUGACGACCAGGUGUGCUUCGUAGCCACUGUUCGGCUGGCCAAACCUCAGUUUAUCAAGGAGAUGUGUACAGUGGAAGAGCCCAAUGAAGAAUUCACCUCUAGGCACAGUCUAGAAUGGAAGUUCCUAUUCUUAGACCAUAGAGCUCCACCAAUCAUAGGCUACCUGCCUUUUGAGGUUCUGGGAACAUCAGGGUACGACUAUUACCAUGUGGACGACCUGGAGACACUUGCCAAGUGUCACGAACACUUGAUGCAGUACGGUAAAGGGAAGUCUUGUUACUAUCGUUUCCUGACUAAAGGUCAACAGUGGAUCUGGCUUCAGACGCACUACUACAUCACCUAUCACCAGUGGAACUCUCGGCCCGAGUUUAUUGUCUGUACGCACACAGUAGUCAGCUAUGCAGAAGUGAGGGCAGAACAGCGCAGAGAGCUGGGCAUUGAGGAGGCUAACCCAGAAGUUACUGUGAAUAAGAGUCAGGACUCUGAGUCCGAGUCACAGCUGAAUACGUCCAGCCUCAAGGAGGCUCUAGAGCGAUUUGACCGCAGCCGAACACCCUCAACCUCCUCACAGAGCUCUCACAAGUCCUCAUCACAUGUCUCCGACAACACAUGCACUUCCUCCAAGCUACACAUGGACACGGCCACACCUCCUCGGCAGUCCUUGGCCUCCACCAUGGAGAUGACAUCACAGCGUCGCUCAUCCAUCAGCAGCCAGUCGAUGAGCUCUCAGACCACAGGACAGAGUGUAACUCCGGGUAUGAUCACUCAUCAGCAGCAGCAACAACAGCAGCAACAACAACAACAACAGCAGCAACAACCACAACAGCAACAACAACAGCAGCAACAACAACAACAGCAACAACAACAACAGCAACCACAGCAGCUACAGACAAACGUACAGCCAGUGAUGGAGUUCUCUGCGCAGGUGAACGCCAUGCAGCAUCUAAAGGAUCAGCUGGAACAGAGGACAAGACUGAUCCAAGCCAACAUCCAGCGGCAGCAGGACGAGCUGAGACACAUCCAAGACCAGCUCCAGAGAGUCCAGGGGCAGGGCAUACAGAUGUUGCUGCAGCAGCAAGGCGGAGCGAUGAAUGUGCAGCUCCCCCAGGUGGGCUCAGUCCAACAAACAACUGCUUUGACCAGUCAAGUCCAGCAAACGACAAUUAACCCCGUCCAUUCAGGAACUCAGCAGCUCACCAUCCAGCAGCAGGCUCCACCCCCCCAGCAGAACCUGCAGCAGCAGCAGCAGCAACAACAACAACAACAGACCAACGCCCUCACACAGCCCCAGCGUCAGACCCAACAACCUCCCCAGGCUCAGCCCCAGACCCAGGGCUCAGUAUCCGCUCCACUGUACAACACCAUGAUGAUUUCCCAGCCAGGGCAGCCCAACGUGCUGCAGAUCAGCACCAGCCUGCCGCAGACCAACACGCAGCAAGGCACCGCAGUGGCCACCUUCACGCAGGAUCGACAGAUCCGGUUCCCAGCAGGGCAGCAGCUGGUGACCAAGCUUGUGACUGCUCCAAUGGCGUGUGGAGCAGUCAUGGUGCCCACCUCCAUGUUCAUGGGACAGGUGGUCACUGCGUACAACCCGUUUGGUGGGCAACAGCAGGGCGGGCAAACCCAGACUCUGACUCUGCAACCAGCCCAACCGCCCCAAGGUCAGCCCGACGGCCAAAACCAGACGACUGUAGUGGCUCAGGGCGGCCAGCAGGGGCAGCAGCAACAACAGCAAUUCCUACAGGGCACUCAUCUUCUCCAUAGCAACCAGUCCACCCAGUUGAUUCUGCAGGCAGCUUUCCCACUCCAACAACAGGGCACAUUCACACAGGCAACGCAGCAACAGCAGCAACAACAACAACAACAACAACAACAACAGCAGCAGCAACGACAACAGCAGCAACAACAACAACAACAACAACAGCAGCAACAAUCUCACCACCAGAGGCACCAGCAGCAACUGAAACCGCAGCCCCAGAAACAGCAGAAAGCCCCGUCAUCGCACAGGACUGACAGUGUCAGCAGCCAACCACAGUAAGGUCUGGAGGAAGAAUGUGUUAGUAUGACGACUACGGGAAAUUUAAGGGAUUGCUGCACACAUCUGUGUUGGUGGCAUGGCUGUCACAAACUUACUUCUCCACCGUCCCCUCCACCCCGAAAAUCAUUGCCCUACCUUCCUCAAUCUGAAAGAAAUGAAUCAUAGGAAAGAGGAAAGCCUGUGAGUCCUCAAGGAACUCGAUUGUCACCAUGGCAACAGGAUGGAUUAAAAUCCCCCCUUCCUUUACCAGAGGCGGAGUUGUGAGGGAGCUCCGGUCUCCGUGGAAAAACCCGGUAA